UCUGGAGCGGAUGUGCACGGCUUUGCCUGGCUGUCACCAUCUCUCGUCUCUCUCCACAACUAGAUAAUUCGUCUUUGAGUUCAAUGAGUGGAGACAUGAACUGAUACAGACAGCGAAGCCUCUUUUUUUUUUUCCUCCCACCUUUCAUCGUACAACAUAUUUUCAGCUUUGCAGCUUUUCAUCAAGACGAAUAAUGCAACGAUGAGUCAACCUCCGCUGAAUGAGUUCAUUCCCCCUCCGGAGUGCCCCGUUUUUGAGCCCAGCUGGGAGGAAUUCGCCGACCCUUUUGCGUACAUCAACAAAAUACGACCCAUUGCAGAGAAAACUGGCAUCUGUAAGAUCCGACCACCGCCGGACUGGCAGCCACCAUUUGCUUGUGAUGUCGACCGACUGAAAUUCACACCACGGAUUCAAAGACUUAAUGAGUUGGAGGCUCAGACCAGAGUUAAACUCAACUUCCUGGAUCAAAUAGCAAAAUUCUGGGAGCUUCAAGGAUGCACUCUGAAAAUCCCUCACGUGGAAAGAAAGAUUUUGGAUCUUUACCAGCUGAAUAAGCUGGUGAAUGAAGAAGGCGGCUUCGAUGCAGUCUGCAAGGACCGGCGCUGGACUAAGAUAUCAGUCAAGAUGGGCUUUGCUCCAGGCAAGGCUAUUGGCUCUCAUCUGCGGACACACUAUGAGAGAAUCCUCUACCCAUAUAACGUGUUCCAGACUGGAGACCAUCUGCCUAGAGCCACCUUGACCAAUGACACUAAAGAUAAGGAGUACACCCCGCAUGACCUGCCUCAGCGACAGUCCGUCCAGCCACAGGAGACGUGCAGUAUCGCUCGCCGAGCCAAACGAAUGAGAUCUGAAAGAGGCUGUGUUAAAACCGAAGUUUGCGAGAAUCGUCCUAAUCUCAGGAGGAGGAUGGGAACGUGUUCUGCCAAACCACAACCAGUGAGGAUGGCCGUCACUGAGAUCAAGCAGGAGCCCGUUGAACCCAUCGAGUACAAGGAUCCGACAGUUUAUGAAAAAAACAGAUUAAAUAAUCUAAUCAAACCUCCCGAGAGUAAAGUGGACCAGUACAUGUGCCUGGUAUGUGGCAGUGGGACUGCUGAGGACCGCCUGUUGUUGUGUGACGGCUGCGACGACAGCUAUCACAUCUUCUGUCUAAUCCCUCCCCUCCACGACGUUCCCAAAGGCGACUGGAGAUGUCCCAAGUGCCUGGCUCAGGAAUGUGGCAAACCUGCCGUCGCUUUUGGCUUCGAGCAGGCCGGUAGAAGCUACACCCUCCAAUCUUUUGGAGACAUGGCCGACUCCUUCAAGUCUGAUUAUUUCAACAUGCCGGUUCAUAUGGUUCCCACUGAGCUUGUGGAGAAGGAGUUCUGGCGCCUGGUCAGCACCAUCGAGGAGGAUGUCACUGUCGAGUACGGAGCAGACAUCGCCUCCAAGGAGUUUGGGAGUGGUUUCCCUGUGAGGAACAGCCAUUUCCAAGUCUCUCCGGAGGAUGAGCAUUACCUGAGCAGCGGCUGGAACCUGAACAACAUGCCGGUGCUGGAUGCCUCGGUUCUGACUCACGUUACAGCCGAGAUCUGCGGGAUGAAGUUACCCUGGCUAUAUGUGGGCAUGUGCUUCUCCUCCUUCUGCUGGCAUAUUGAAGACCACUGGAGCUACUCCAUUAACUAUCUCCACUGGGGCGAGCCGAAGACGUGGUACGGGGCCCCUGGUUACGCUGCAGAGCACCUCGAGUCAGUUAUGAAGAAUCUGGCACCUGAGCUGUUCGAGUCCCAGCCAGACCUCCUUCACCAGCUGGUCACCAUCAUGAAUCCCAACACGCUGAUGAACAACGGUGUCCCGAUCUAUCGCACCAACCAAUGUGCAGGCGAGUUUGUCAUCACCUUUCCCAGAGCGUACCACAGUGGAUUUAACCAAGGCUUCAACUUCGCUGAGGCUGUCAACUUUUGCACCAUGGACUGGAUGCCCAUCGGCCGUAACUGCGUGUCACACUAUCGCGAGCUGAGCAGGUACUGCGUCUUCUCCCAUGACGAGAUGGUUUGCAACAUGGCGCUUAAAGCCGAAACAAUGAGCGUCGACCUGGCGUCAGAGGUGCAGAAGGACAUGACCAUCAUGGUGCGUGAGGAAGAAAAGCUAAGACACAAGAUUAACAAGAUGGGCGUGGUUCGGUCUCAACAAGUCGAUUAUGAGGCACUCCCAGACGAGGAGCAGCAGUGCUGCAAGUGUCGCACCACCUGUUAUCUGUCUGGCAUCACCUGCGCCUGCAGCCCGGGCAAGAUAGUUUGUCUGCACCACGCCCAGAACCUCUGUUCCUGUCCUCAUAGCAACCUGACACUCCGUUACAAGUUUACACUGGAUGAGUUGCAUCCCAUGUUGGCAGCAGUGACGCUGCGUGCAGAGUCGUAUAAAGACUGGCUCAGUGAUGUGCAGGACAUCCUGGAGAACAGAGGAAUCAAGAAAAAAGGUUUGGAAGAACUUCACGGUCUGGUGGAGCAGGCAGAAACCAAGGCGUUCCCACAAACAAGCCUUCUGGAUCAGUUGCGCGUAGUCACCGCCGAGGCUGAUAAAGUCGCUGCGAUGGCACAACAGCUACUCAACGGAAAGAGGCAGACGAGGUAUCGUUCUGGAGGAGGAAAGUCUCAAAACCAGAACGAGUUAACCGCGGAGGAGCUGAGGUCUUUUGUCCGACAGUUCGACAACUUGCCGUGCAGCAUCCGACAGGCUCCUUUACUAAAGGACCUGUUGACCCGGGUGGAUGAUUUCCAGCAGCGGAGUGAACGUCUGCUCUCCGAUGAGUCACCCAGCCCACAGGAGCUGCAGGACCUGCUGGACGUGAGCCUGGGCCUGGACGUGGAGCUGCCUCAGCUGCCUCUGCUGAGGGAGAGGCUGGAGCAGGCCCGCUGGCUGGAGGCCGUGCAGCAAGCCAGCAGCAGGCCAGAAAGCCUCUGUCUGGACACCAUGAGGAGGCUGAUAGACCAGGGCGUGGGCUUGGUCCCUCACAGCUCUGUGGAGAGAGCCAUGGCUCGUCUGCAGGAGCUGCUGACCGUGUCGGAGCAGUGGGAGGAGCGUGUGCUCAGCCUCAUGGAAGCAAGACCCUAUCACUGCAUGGAAACACUUGACGCUGCUCUACAAGAAGUAGAAAACAUCCCUGCCUAUCUGCCCAACUGUCUGCAGCUGAAGGACGUCAUCACCAAAGCCAAGAAAUGGCUUCAUGAAGCCGAAGCACUCCAGCUCGGGGGACGUAUUCCUGUGCUGGACAGCCUCUCUGAGCUGGUUCUCAGAGCAGAGGGCAUCCCAGUGACGCUUGACCCUCUGAGUCGCCUGGAGGCCCUCGUCAGUGACGUUCAGACGUGGAAGGAGAGCGCAGCAAAGACAUUCCUACUGAAGAACUCCCCUUUCUCUCUCCUCGAGGUGCUUUGCCCGAGAUGUGACGUAGGGAGCGGGCAUCAGAAGUCGAGAUAUAAAAAAGCAAAAGAAACGGCACAGAUCAGUAAAAAGUCUUCGACAAAACUGGAGUCUCUGUCUGACGUGGAGAGAGCGCUGUCUGAGAGCAAGGACUCUGCCUCUGCUAUGGCCACUCUUUCUGAAGUUCGCCACAGAGAGAUGGAGAUCUUGUUGGCUCUGCGCGCUUCGAACGAGUCCAAGCUUCUUCCUGCUGAAAACUGUUGUGCACUUAGUGUUUGCGUUUGCCAAAACGCCCCUUCGGGCGCCAUGGUGCAGUGUGAGCUCUGUCGGGAAGUGUUCCACUCCGGCUGUGUCACGACGAACGCAGACCUCGAUUACGGCCAAGCCUGGCUUUGCCCGUUUUGCCAGCGGUCAAGGAAACCCCCACUGGACAAAGUCCUGCCCCUGUUGGCUUCGCUGCAGAGGAUUCGGGUCCGGCUACCAGAAGGGGACGCCCUACGCUUCCUCAUUGAGAGGACGGUGCGAUGGCAGCACAGAGUCCAGCAGGCCUGCACAGAAGGAGUGCUGGAGAAAGUGUCAAAGAUGGGGAGAACUGGACCGGGAGUAUCUUCACAUCUGACUCAGGAAAUAAAUGGCUCGCUAUUUCAUAUAGAGCACCAGUCUGUUCCACUUCAGGGUCUCGGUCCUGAGCUGGAGGAGCUGAUGGUGGAGGGAUUUCUGCUGCAGGUCACUCUGCCUGAAACCGAGCAGCUGUACAGAUACCUGCUGUACAAGCUGGCCCCCCUGCCCCCACACAGCAGCCCCUGUGAGAACAACACAGAACAGGACCAACCAUCUCCGAGGGGGAGCCCCCACCACAACACGAACCGAGAUUCCAGUCUGAAAAAGGAGGCGGUGAACGGUCAGAGCAAAAGGACCAAGCGGCGUAAGGAGAGCUCGGACUCUCAGCACAGCGAGAAGGCCAAGAAGUGCUGCAAAAAGAAGUCUAAGAAAAGCAAAGAGAGGAGUGAGGAAACAAAGAAGGCCUCUCCCACACACACAGUGUCUGACCCUUCCCCUUCAGACUCGGAGGAGGACUACUCGCUGUGUGCUGCACCGUGGUGCAGAGAGCCAGAGGGUGACGAGGUAAACUGGGUCCAGUGUGACGGCACCUGCAAUCAGUGGUUCCACCAGGUCUGUGUAGGACUGUCUGCUGAGCGAGCAGAGAAGGAGGAGUACAUUUGCAUAAGCUGCACACAGCCGGACUACAGCAGAGCAGAAUAAAGACCAAAAAAAAAAAAAAAGUGACUUUUGAAGGAUCAGCAGUUUUGUUGCAAGCCCCAGCACUUAAAAGUGCACACCUGAACUCUGUGUGCUCCUGUGGCUUCUCCCUCCCUUUACCUUUUCUGGCUUGCCCUUAGUGAACAUGGUGCUAUUCACUGUUUUUUCCCAGAGUCACAAACAAAAAGACUUCUGUCACUGUUUUUCUCGUCACGUGGCUGUUUUUUUUUGUUUUUUUGUUUUUCAGCCAAUCCAACUUAAUCCUUUCUGAAACUUUCCAAGACUUUAUGCAGGUGUACAAAAAUGGCAAACCGUUUCAAAAACCAACAGCGCAGGGAUUUUUCAACCAAAAAAUAAAAUUAAAAAAAGUCAAUUUGACAUCACAUUUUAGAACUGCUUUUUUUUUCUUUCUUUUUUUUACAUGCAUCUGAACAAUGUGAAACUUUAUCUUUUCUCUUGUAGAGUAAAUAUUAUUUAUCUAAGCAAUAACUGAACCGAUUAAUUGAGGUUCGGUUUUCACCUGAGCUAUAUUUGUGCUUAGAAAUUCUUUGAUAGAAUGCCUUCUCGAAGCAAAAACCCUGAUUCAAUUCACUUUAUGAGUCCUAUGAUAUUACACAGUUCAGUUAAGAUUUGUGAACGGAAAUCACUUGAAUCCGAAACACCAGAGAGAGAUUGACUGUACGACGUCUGAUAUGAAAUGUGCAAAAGUUUUUGCACCUGAAUAUUUUGCCCACAUCCCUCAACAAAUCAAACUUUGAUAUAAAAGUGUGGUUCCCUUUUUUGCGCUGUUUGUCUUGUCUGUGGAGGAAGAGGGGGAAACAACGCGUCCCGGAUCUGUUGUUACUGGCGUUAGGUGAGACUUGAUCAUGUUCACAAAAUAUGAAUGAACUGUCCGACAUCAAAGGAAUGUACAUUUUGUUUGAGGGUGGAGUUUCCCUUUUACGGUUUAGGAUGAAAAUAUUGUGUUGGACUUAGAUUUAACACAGACUGUGUGAUUUAUUUGCCACGGGUAUAUGACCUUUUUCUGCUCCUUUGGGUAAAUAAUAUAAUUCAUAUGUUGCAGUUUGCAUUAUAAAAUAAAAAAAAAAUGUUUGUUCCCA